AUGUGUCAAAUUAGAUAUGGGCUCAAGAAUUGGUGGCUAUAUGUCUACAAAAAGGGUGUGGCAAUAAUGUCAUCCAAUGUUAAGAAUGGUACUCAAGAGGAAUAUCCGAAGGACUCGUUCGACAGAUUCGGUGAUGACUUGUGUGGACUCGUGUUGUCUUAUCUGUCACUGAAAGACAGCUUCAGAUAUGAAUGUCUGNCUGAAAGACAGCUUCAGAUAUGA